CGAUCCCUUCCCUUGCUGUCGGGUCCGGUCCAUUCGAGAUCGUUCUAGCUCGUGGUAAUCCGUAGGCUUUGCAGCAGGCAGCAAACAUCGUCGUGUUCUUCUUCCGCGUUGGUCAGCCAAUUCUGGCACCGUCUACGUGACGCAACAGGCGGCUACCUAAGGGGUCAGGCCUUGCUUCACACAUGACAUUCGCUUAUAAACGGUCUCUCCCCGCCGCACAGCAGCGAUGGCCUCCCCGGAUCCCGACUCGGACGAAACCUCUUAUGUCAAGAUGGCUACCGCUGCGGUCGACAGCCGGGGCACCGACGCCAGCCUAGUCGGCUCCCACUGCGAGUACGCGUACUGCAACCAGCUCGAUUUCCUACCGUUCAAAUGCCAAUCCUGCAACAAGACCUUCUGCCUCGAACACCGGACCGAAGACGGCCACGCGUGCACCAACCCGGGCGCAUGGGCGAAGCGGAAGCGCGAAGCCGAGUUGGCGAGGCAAUCCGCAGGUGAGGGGAAGCGCAUGCGGGACCUCGUGUCACAGAAGCCCUGCGCCGACGACCAGUGCAAGACCAUCAUCGGCACGAGCCUCGUCCCCGGCGUCCACUGCACCAACUGCAACCGCGACUACUGCCUCAAGCACCGGCUGCGCGAGGACCACGAUUGCGCAAACAAGACACCCAUAGGUGCGCGCGCUGCCAGCGCCGCACAAGCAGCCGCCGUUGCCGAAGGGGCUCGGAGCGCGCUCGAGCGGUUCAAGCUCUGGGGCCAGGCCAAGCGCGACCAGGCCAAACAAUCUUUCGCAUCGCCCAGCUCGAAGCCUAAAGUUGCGCAGAUGCUCGCGGUUAACACGCUCAAGAAGACAGCCAAGGGUGAUGCGAAGAUCGCGCCCGAGAAGAGGGUGUAUCUAUAUGUGGAGGCCGAGGCGGCGACGGCAAAGGCCAAGAUCCCCAAGGGCGAGUUCUUCUACAACAAAGAUUGGGUCGUAGGGAGGAUGCUCGAUGCCGCUGCCAGGAGUCUGCAGGUGCAGAAUAUCAAUAACCUAUCGGAUAAAGAGGAGGAUCGGCUACGAGUCUUCCAUGUGGAAGGAGGGAGGCUCUUGGAAUUCGGCGAGAAAAUAGGGGAUGUGUUGCAAAGCGGAAAUACGGUCGUUCUGCUGAGGGGGGUUGGGCCACCGCCGGACUUGAUGACGCCCUGACCUAAGACAGAAUUUUCAUGUCUACUGGCAUAGUUUUGGCAUAACAUUCCGGUUAGAGCAAGGCGGCGUUCAGGGGAUACCAGCGUGGCGUAGGGGGUUUGCAUAGCACGAGCUUGGACACGGCGUCGAGACAGUCCAGAUUGCAGGCCACGCAGCACUGGUAGUCAGGA